AUGCUGGUCAAGAUACAGAGCAAAGGAACCAGCGAGACUUCAAGAGGAAGCCCUUCCAAACAAGUGGCCGGAACUGUGGGUAUUGCAACCGCCGACACCCCCCUGGAAAGAAGAACUGCCCAGCGGCAGAUACACGAUGCAGCAAGUGCAACAAAAUGGGACAUUUCCCUAUCAUAUGCAAGAGUCCCCUGUCACCCGGAGGAGCUAAAGCCAGAGACCCCAGACCGUGAUCACAUCAGAAGGAAAGAGAAGGAGUACCGAGCUAAGAUGAAAUUCGAUUAUGACCAUAGACACAAAGUAGUAGAGGGAAAGGAACUGUCACCCGGUGCCCGCAUUUGGAUCCCCGAUUUAAAAGAGGAAGGAACAGUGAUUAAGCCACACGAGAGUCCAAGAUCUGUAAUCAUACAGACCCAAAACGGACAAGUGAGAAGAAACCGCCGGAUGACAAGAAGAGUUCUGGUGGGAAGUUCUCCGGUCCCACCCCAGAAUGAAGACUAUGAGAAUCAUGAGCCGAUACCAACAAGAGAGAGGAACCCAGACGUAUCCUCAGCUCCUGGAGCCAGCCAAGAAGACUAUGUAGAACUACCUGUCCCUGGGGACCAACCAGCAGUGGACAAGCCCUUGCAGCCUGAACCGAUGCUGACACGCCUUAGACCUAGAGGAGCUCUAAGAAGACCGGACAGACUUAUCGAACAAUCCUAA